UCUCUCAGUAACAAGAGCUGCAAAAACAUGAAUAAAAUUCUUCUUGUUCCACUAAAACAGACAAGAAAAUGAAAAGCUCCAUGGGUUCUCUCUUUGUAGUCUUAUUUUUUGCUUUGGUUUGUUCCUUCGCAAUUGCUACUGAUCCAGGAUCCCUACAAGACUUUUGUGUGGCUGCUAAAAAUCCCAAUGCAGCUGUGUUUGUGAACGGAUUAUUUUGUAAAGACCCAGCUCUUGCUGUGCCGGAAGAUUUCUUUCUUCCACGAUUUAAUAAACCAGGAAUAAUUAAGAGCCCAGUUGGGUCCGUUGUCACACAGGCUAAUGUUGCUCAAAUUGCUGGACUUAAUACUCAGGGUAUCUCCAUGGCUCGUAUUGAUUAUGCACCAUAUGGCCUUAACCCACCACAUAUGCAUCCAAGAGCCACCGAGAUUUUAGUUGUUUUGGAAGGUACUCUUCAUGUCGGAUUCGUGACAUCAAAUCCGGAAAACAAACUCUUCACGAAGGUGCUUCACAAGGGAGAUGUAUUUGUAUUCCCUGUCGGACUAACUCAUUUUCAAGCGAAUGUGGGAAAAACUCCAGCCGUUGCUCUUGCCGCAUUAAGUAGCCAGAACCCUGGCGUGAUCACUAUUGCUAAUGCCGUUUUCGGAUCAAAAGCACCCAUUAGUGAUGAUGUUCUCUCCAAGGCUUUCCAAGUUGACAAGAAAGUGGUCGAUUAUCUUCAAUCUCAGUUUUGGAUGGACAACUAGACUGAAAAUCAAUGAAUUCAAAUUACGAUUGUUCCGAUUUAAGAAUAAACCUGAUUUAUUAUGAUGCUCAUGUAACCUUAUAUUUGCACUUGAUGACGUUUUGCAAUUCCUAAUAGGCUAAUAGAAUAAAAGAAGCUUCUUAUAGUUUCCACCUGUAUGUUCCAUGUUGUUUUUUGCUACUGAUUUCUUAUAGAAUAAUAAACUUCAUUAUUCAAUUA